AUGGACAGGUAUAAGGAAAUUGGUAUUGAUUCACUUUGUUAUGCACAAGGGUUGUUGGUGACCAAUGAAGCCGUGCAAUCAAUCAACGAUGAUCUACAUGAUGAGAUAAUGAAGAACCUACAAAAGAAAGUGCGAGAGCUUGAUAAUGAUGCUUGGAUGUUCACUUCAUCUUCUUCAUCCUCGUCAUCAUUGGACAAGCUUGACAGUGGUCAGCAACCUCCACCAUCAAACAGAAGCAACAUACACAGACUA